CAGACCAAAAAGCAAGAAUAUAUUACAUCAUCGAAUUCUCUUCGCUUCUUCAAAAAUUCGUUCUUGACUAGUGUGUUUCUUCUUUGUUCCGUCCACCCGCGUCCAUCCGAGCAAACAAAUCUGUCUUGUCGAUUCAUAAUAUAUCAAAAAAUCUAGCCAAAACAUCUUACAUUUUUGACCCGCUGUUGGUCCAAUCUGGAUUGGGAAUUGUUCACUGAAGACAAAAAAGGAAAACACAUUCGCCACCUCGUAUGCAAAACAUACCUACACCCCAGCUCACCACAACUCACCACAACUCAACUUUACCCGCCAUGAGACCCACAAGGCCUUCCAUCGAUUCCGGCAGCAGUGGCUGCGGUUCGAGUUUUUCACCUGCUUCUGCAAGCGCUGCCACUAGUCCUACGCCAUCCACAAACUCAACUCGCUCCUUGUCUGCAAGACAGCUGAUUCCGGCACUUCCGAGCAACAUCUUUAGUCUCUCGACGCAGAGGGAAUCUCACCAAGAAUCACCUACAGGGCAGCACCCACAGCAGUCGCUGUCUCCGAUGCCAACGAGUCCGCAUGGAUGUCCGUUUGCGGUCCCCGGAGAGCUUUCCCGAUUUCCCAAGGACGACUCCUUAUGGGGUACYGAUGCUCACAAUACAGUGAUGGGRACACGUUCGCAUUCGCGUUCGCAUACGCAAUCACAUUCCCAUUCAUGGCCCCUUGUGAAACGAUCUACCGCCUCGUUGAUCACGGAGGCGCUCGAUAUUCUUCAAGAGGGGUUUCCUGAAGGCUUUAGCGAUUGCGAAGACCAUGGUGUUUACCUAGCAGUAGUUGGAAAUUCCCAGUAGGUCGGCCCAGCAGAGAUGAGYAACUAAUCGCUGCAAUAAAAUUUGUCGGUAUGCACUCACACCACCACAAGCAUAACAUAAUACAGCGCAACGCAGCAACGUACAGGAAGCGCAACAAUGAGAUUUGUAUUAGCAGAUAGAUAAGUCGACAGUUUUGUUCGUAGUGCUCCGAGGGGUUGAUUAUUUCGUCGACAACGCGAGCUAUUCUACAGAUAGAACCAAUUCAUAGAAAAAUGACGCAUGAUGAUAUAUUMUUUGGACUAUUUGUAAACUACUUAUUUUGUUCUGUCAUUCGGUAUAAGCGUACUACUAAAGUGCUAGUUUACUACUGCAUUGUAUAGUUAGUGAUAGCUUAYAGAGUU